CCACAUUGCUUGUGUGUCGUGAACAUUUUUGGAGCCUCUGGGAAAUACGGAAAAGAAAAAAAAGUCGGACCCUUAACUGAAAAAAAGAUGCUGAGGGAGAGCCAAAAGGCGGCACCGCGCGUUUGAAAUGCCUGAUUUUGGGGCCAGUGUGCCGGUGUUUUUUCCCCAAAUGCGUGCACCGUGAGAUUCUGUCGAAUAACGGGAGACCUGCACAGCUGCUGCCGGUAUGUGAGCGACUUCACACACUGAAGGUAAUAUUUAAAAAAAAAACGGCUCUGGUGUUUGCUCUUGAAUUUCUGUUUCCUCUCUCUCUCUCUUUUUCUCUUGCAUCAAUUUGAUGCUGCGUGAGGCUGCUGGGCGAUGAUGCAUCGGUGGGGUUUGACUGUAUGAAUUCGCAUCUUAUAAUUUUUUAUUUUUUUUACCCUGCUCGGACUAUGUAAAUUCGCAAUCAGUAUUUAAUUUUUGCUGAGCCACCUUUGCGACAAAAAAAAGACCAUGCCUUAUUUCGACGCGAGGUGCGAGGAUGCCUGUAGCUGUGAUUGUGUCAUUGCUGCGGCACACUCCGGAGCUCCUCGGCUCAAGACAACUAACCUCAGCUGAAGAGAAGACAGCCAGCUAUCAAGUGCUCCACCACCACCCCGACGUAAGCCAUACGAUCCCCGUGCAUGUAUGUGGGAGAAGGCCGAGGUGCUGUUGACUCUCUCCAGGGAGGCUUCUGUUGCUCUGAGGUUUUUGGGGCUUCCCAUCAACUGCCACAUCCCCAAAUCCGUCUGAGGACUGCUGUGAGCUUACAAGCUUCCUGAUGAUUUUUGGAGGGCAGCCCUGAUGCAUCUUGCGAGUGUGAAAACUCAGAGAGCCCUUUUGCCAGGUUUGCAUCACCACCAGACAGGAGACGGAGCAGACGGUAACUCUGUGUGUGUCAUGUUAGAGGCUGGACUCCUGCCUGCUCCCUCCAGCUCUCAGCCAAAAUCUCUGACCUGCCCUGUCUGAGGCCCCCUUUUUGUACGAGCAUCACUGCAGCCACAACAGCACAAAACAGUAUCAACCAUCAGUUUGCAGACAUUACUGUUACUGUCGCUCUAUCAAAAUAAGAGCCCCCGGAAACCAGGGUCAGGAUGCAGGUGUCUUUCGCCUGCACUGAGCACAACCUCAAGAGUCGCAGUGAGGACCGACUUUGUGGCCUUCGCACUGCUCCACCUCCUGGGGGAAGCAGUGGAGGAGUAGGGGGAGGCGGUGGAGGAGGAGGCGGUGGAGGUGGUGGUGGUAGCGGAGGAGGAGGAGGUGGAGGUGGCAGUGGAGGAGGUAGCGGACAAGGGAGUAAUGGCAACUACAUGUCCCAAGGCUCGGUCAAGACCAGGGAGGGUCCCGGGUCCCGGCAGACUCCACAGGGCCAUGCCCACAUGAAGGAGGCCAUCGGGCGCCACACCAGUAUGAAGUACAGGAACCUGGGGAAGUCAGGCCUUCGUGUUUCCUGCCUCGGGUUGGGCACCUGGGUGACAUUUGGAUCGCAGAUCUCUGAUGAGAUGGCGGAGAACCUGAUGACCAUAGCUUAUGAAAACGGAGUGAACCUGUUUGACACGGCAGAGGUGUACGCCUCUGGAAGAGCGGAAAUCACUCUAGGGAACAUUAUCAAGAAGAAAGGAUGGAGGCGUUCAAGUUUUGUCAUCACAACAAAAAUCUAUUGGGGCGGCCAAGCAGAGACAGAGAGAGGACUCUCCAGAAAGCACAUAAUUGAAGGUUUAAGAGGAUCCUUAUCAAGACUCCAGCUAGAUUAUGUGGAUAUCGUUUUUGCCAACAGAAACGAUGUCAACAGUCCAAUGGAAGAGAUUGUACGGGCCAUGACAUUUGUAAUAAAUCAGGGUAUGGCCAUGUACUGGGGAACCUCACGCUGGAGCGCUAUGGAAAUCAUGGAGGCAUACUCAGUGGCACGCCAGUUCAACCUGAUCCCGCCUGUGUGUGAGCAGGCAGAGUAUCACUAUUUUCAGAGGGAUAAAGUGGAGGUGCAGCUUCCCGAGCUCUACCACAAGAUUGGUGUUGGAGCAAUGACCUGGUCCCCACUUGCUUGUGGAUUAAUCACAGGGAAGUACAGUGAUGGUGUGCCAGAGUGCUCCAGAGCGGCAAUGAAGGGAUACCAGUGGCUGAAGGAGCGAGUGAACAGUGAAGAGGGCCGCAGGCAGCUCGCUAAAAUCAAGGAGCUCCAUCUACUGGCAGACAGACUGGGCUGCACUGCUGCACAGUUAGCCAUAGCCUGGUGUCUGCGCAGUGAGGGAGUCAGCUCAGUACUUCUGGGUGUUUCUAAUACAGACCAGCUACUUGAGAACCUGGGUGCCCUACGGAUUUUAUCCCAAAUGACCCCUCAAACCAUUACCGAGAUUGAUGCCCUGCUGGGAAAUAAGCCACACUCCAAGAAAGAGCUGCGCGCCUGAAUGAUGCAAAUCUGAGUGACAGAUGAUGUUUCGAGAAGACGAAGAAGACAAUGACAUUGGGAAACAUCGCUUUUUGCUCUGCUGUAUACUCAACAACUUGCAUGUCCUCGGCAACAUUAUGCUUCCAGUAUGUGCGCAUAUCCAUUUUGCGCAGUACAUUGUAUCAUGUAUUAAAAAAAAAAGAUCUCUAUCGUAAAAAAA